AUGAAUGAAAAUAUUGGCGAAUACAUUCUUCCCGAUGUAAAGUUGGAAAACGUUUACGUCAAGGAAGAAAUAGUUUAUGAAAUUGAAGAAAAUGAUUUAGAUCCUUCCGCACUUUACCCAGAAAUUGAUAUAGAAGAAGAAAUUAAACAAGAACCUCCUUCAAGUAGUGCCUAUCAAGCCUAUCAAGAAUUCAAGUGCUUAAGAUGUUCCUUCACAACAAAUUUUUUCCACGAAAUCGAGCACCAUACAAGAUCCUGUCCUCCGGAGCCUUCAAAGCCAUGCAAAAACCUCCCCCAAACAACUCCAGACACCAACCAACCAGUCAUUUACUACCCCCACAAUUCAUUUUUCAAAUGCACGAUGUGCUCCCAAAAAUUCAAGCACGAGAAAUUUGCCAUAGCCCACGCCCGAGUCCACAUAGAUGCAAAAUCCCCCGUAAGGCAAUCUUACAGAUGCACCGUCUGCAACGAGAGAUUCAGGUUUGAAGGAGCUGCCAAAAACCACAUGCUAGCACACCUCGGUGUGUUCGCCCAUAACUGCACAUUUUGCAAUGAAGGCUUUGCCACUACUCGGGAACUUGUUACCCAUUCUAGGAAGCAUACAGGGGAGAAGCCUUUUGCGUGCUCGAAGUGUGAUCAGGCCUUUGCUGACAGGGAUGAGUUGAGGGCUCAUAGUUUUAGUCAUAAACAGAAGUACCUGUAUAAGUGUGAUGUUUGCGGGAGGGAGUUUAAGACUGUGACGUGGUUUAUGCAGCAUAAAAAGACUCAUAAAGAGAAGAUGUUUAAAUGUGGGAUUUGUAACGAGGCUUUCGAUAGUAAUGCUGAUUUGUUGGAGCACGUUCAGAUACAUGGGGAGGUAGAUUUAUAA